AUGGCGGAAAUACCGGUACGAUCAGCAACGACAAACGUACGGGUAUCGACAGUUAACGACGUCAUAACGAUGGAGAGGAAUGCGACCUCCAGGAAGCGAAAAGAAGUAAUGGACCGUGACGAUAAUGUUUAUGCAACCUUUGUUGCUGUACUUCUGAAGCAACGAAGACGAGACAAGAGGAAAGAUCGAGGUUCUGCACAGCAAAUGGUCAGAGGAAGAGUUGAGGGUGGUCUUGACCGUUUCGGGAGGAUGCCGAGAGGAAGAUGGCCCUUGUAUCGUUUCCUGUAUUGUGAGAAGUUCGUGUGCGCGAUUAGUUUUCAAGAAAUGAAGAAGCAAGUGAAUUCCGUGACCACCAGUAUUGCAGGCCAUCCAUGCUCACAAAAACAGUUCUUAAAGGUAGCACAGCAGUGUUAUGAAUACAUGACAAAGCAAGAGUUAUCGGGAUGGAAGGCAAGCAUAGAAAAGAAUGUAAGCGUGUUGUAUUUUUACAAAACUGUCAUAGAAUUUCGUCGGCUAGUGAAAAACUGGGAGAAACUGUAUCUACCAACAAAGGAGUUAGGACGCGGGCUUUACUAA